AUGGUUAAAGCCAGAAAGGAGGGAAAAGUCAGCAGAAAGCUGAAACAAAAACCGGAUUAUGGACCGGUUAAAAAUCGUCAUACGUUCCGUGGUUCGAACCAUUCUAUGAAUCCAGAUCGUAAGGCUGAUUCGGGAGACAAAAGUCAACGUUCGAAGGCUACCAUCAACCGUCUUCGUAUGUAUAAAAGUUUCAAACCGAUCAGAGACUCGAAAGGAAAAAUCGUGAAAGCCGCCCCAUUCCAGGAGAAGCUUUCAUCAGGAACUCAGGCCAGAAUCGAACCAAACAGAAAAUGGUUUGGUAACACAAGAAUUAUCGGACAAGAACAACUCCAGAAAUUCCAAGCGAAUCUUGGAAAGGUGUUGAGCGAUCCGUUUCAAGUUGUCAUGAAGCAAACGAAAUUGCCGAUUAGUCUACUUCAAGAGAAGGCUAAGACGCAACGAGUGCAUGUGACGGAAACUGAGAGCUUUGAGUACACUUUUGGAAAGAAGGCGUUGAGAAAGAAGGCCAAAUUGAACGACGCUUCUUUGGAGGAUAUGACGAAAAGUGCAGAAGACAGAGAAGUUAAAUACAAACCAGAAUUGGAUUUGAGCAGAGAAAAGGAGCUCGGAGACCGUCCGGAAAAUCAGAAUCCACUUUUCCGUGCCGGACAGAGUAACAGAGUAUGGGGAGAACUGUACAAAGUUAUCGACUCUUCGGAUGUUGUCGUUCAAGUCGUCGAUGCAAGAGAUCCUAUGGGAACUCGUUGUCGUCACGUUGAGGAGUUCUUGAGAAAGGAGAAGCCACACAAACAUCUUGUGACUGUUAUCAAUAAGGUCGAUUUGGUGCCAACUUGGGUUACGAGAAAAUGGAUCGGAGAGCUCUCGAAGGAAAUGCCAACCAUCGCAUUCCAUGCCUCCAUCAACAACUCUUUCGGAAAGGGAGCUGUAAUCAAUCUUCUCCGUCAAUUCGCAAAACUCCACCCAGACCGUCCACAAAUCAGUGUCGGUUUCAUCGGAUAUCCAAAUGUCGGAAAGUCGUCUCUCGUAAAUACUCUUCGUAAGAAGAAAGUAUGUAAAACUGCACCGAUUGCUGGAGAAACGAAAGUUUGGCAAUAUGUGAUGUUGAUGCGUAGAAUCUAUUUGAUCGAUUCUCCUGGAGUCGUAUAUCCACAAGGAGAUACUGAAACUCAAAUUAUUCUUAAAGGAGUCGUUCGUGUUGAGAACGUAAAAGAUCCAGAAAAUCACAUUCAAGGAGUCCUCGAUCGUUGUAAGCCAGAACAUCUCCGCCGUCAAUACGGUAUCCCAGAGUUCUCGGGUGUUGAUGAUUUCCUAACAAAGAUCGCAAUCAAACAAGGACGUCUUCUGAAAGGAGGAGAUCCAGAUAUUGUUGCUAUUGCUAAAGUAGUAUUGAAUGAGUUCCAACGAGGAAAGCUUCCAUAUUUCGUACCACCACCUGGAUGUGAGGAGAGAGCGAAGAAGGACUUCGAACAAGCUCCAAUCAAUCAGAUGUGUGCUGACGAUGAUGAACAACUUCCACCAGAUGCACAACUUGAAUUAGAUGAUGUUGCUAGAAAUGGGGGUCCAGACGAGGAUAAAGAUGACGAAGAAAUUGACGAUGAGGAGCAGGAGGAAUUGACAGAGAUCGGAUCCACGUGUUCUGGUCUCACUGAUCUUUCUGGAAUCAGUGAUUUGGCAGAAGAUUUAUCAGAUAGUGAAGAGGUUGUUGUCGAGGAGCAAACUUCCAGCGAUGCUGCAGACAAGAAGAAGAAGAAGGAUGAUAUCGCCAGUGUGAGAACUCGUGGAAAGAGAGGAGGAAAGAAGGCGAAUAAGGCUAAAAUUGCUGGAAAGACCAUUGUUCAAGCUGCGUCGGAGAAGAAGGAUAAGAGCGUUGUUGAUUUUGCCAAACCAGGAGCUCAAAAGUCGAAUAUGUGGAGAAAGAAAUUGGAGAAGAGACGAAAGGUCAAGCAUCAGAAGUAA